AACCUUUGGGAAGAUGUUUUGUUAGUCACAUGAGAUUUACAGUAUACUGCUGAUGCAUUCAUCACACAGACAUGUGAUUCCAUAAACUGUGGUCUGUAAAAAGGAAAGCAAGAGGUGAGAAGAUUGAAGAGGAAAGGGGUUUAGUUCAGUGAGGAUUAGGAACUGCACAGAGGAAGAGAGAUCCACAGGGGAAAAAGCAACACAGAAUGCAUCGACUCAUUCUCCUCUGUGUCCUGGGGACUGUUUCAGUCACCUGGGCUUGGCCUCACCUCCCUCUUCUCUCCUCAGAGAUGGUCAACUUUAUUAACAAGGCCAACACCACUUGGACGGCUGGGCAGAACUUCUAUAAAGUUGAUAUCAGCUACGUGAAGGGACUGUGUGGGACUAUACUGAAUGGACCCAAGCUGCCAGAGGUGGUUCAUAACACUGAAGGCAUACGACUUCCAGACAGCUUUGACCCACGCAAGCAGUGGCCCAACUGUCCUACGAUCCAACAGAUCAGAGACCAGGGCUCAUGUGGAUCCUGCUGGGCCUUUGGGGCAGUUGAGGCGAUAUCCGACAGGAUAUGUAUCCACAGCAGUGGACAGAUCUCUGUGGAGAUCUCAGCUGAAGAUCUGCUGUCCUGCUGUGACGAGUGUGGCAUGGGCUGUUACGGUGGUUAUCCCUCUGCUGCCUGGGAGUUCUGGGCGAAAAACGGGCUUGUGACAGGAGGCCUGUAUGCCUCCAAAGCCGGCUGCAGGCCAUACACCAUUGCUCCCUGUGAGCACCAUGUGAAUGGAACUCGUCCUCCUUGUCAGGGCAUACAGGACACUCCGAAGUGUGAGGAGCAGUGCAUCGAUGGAUACUCACCAUCCUAUCAAAAGGACAAACACUUUGGUAGACGCACAUACAGCGUCCCGGCUGAUCAGGAGCAGAUCAUGACUGAGCUGUACAAGAACGGGCCUGUGGAGGCAGCUUUCUCUGUCUAUGAGGAUUUCCUGCUGUAUAAGACUGGUGUGUAUCAGCAUGUGACAGGAGAAAUGCUGGGUGGUCACGCCAUUAAGAUCCUGGGCUGGGGAGAGGAGAACGGGACGCCCUACUGGCUGGCUGCAAACUCCUGGAACAGCGACUGGGGAGACAAAGGUUUCUUUAAGAUCAAGCGUGGAAAUGAUGAGUGUGGCAUUGAGUCAGAGGUGGUGACAGGAAUCCCACUCAACUAGAUGAAAUGAGUCCUGGCUGCAGACAGCUGUGUAAUCAAGAGACAACAAAGACCUUGUUUUGUAAGAGGCUUAACCACUGCAUCUAAAGGCAAAUGUUCAGAGAUUUUAUACAAUCAACCAGGAAUAAAUUGCGCAGUGAAAAGUGAAACAAGAACCUUCGUGCUUGUUUUGGUAUUGUUCUAAAUAAAACGUCAUGUUGCUC